GUCGACAGGGGUGUUUGAAAUCGAUGGAGUUUUGGUUGAACCAGAGGUAAAAUAGAAUUUUACUAUAAAACUCAAAUAGUAGCUACAAAUGAUAAUUUUUAAAAUUUAUUUAUAUAAUAUAUAUGAUAAAUGUACUGAACUAGUUACACCAGGUGAUUUUUCCUAUUUUAUGGAGUAACAUAAAACAUAACAAAAGAUGUACUCCAUUUGAAAUGGAUAAAGAUAAAAAGGGAACCGCCCCAGGCAUAAAAAGUUAAAAAGGAGGAAGAGUGAGGAAUUCCCAAGCCAUACAGUAGUGUUUAUAGAUACGGGAGGCAAGUCGAGAGCGUUUGGAUGAUCAACAGUGGACAUGGCCCAAGCUUCAACUCCGCAACCUUCUUGGUUCACUCCCAAAAGGUUACUAGCCAUAUUCUGUAUAAUCAACUUGUUAAAUUAUGUGGAUCGAGGAGCUAUAGCGAGCAACGGUGUUAAUGGGAAACGCAGUGAGUGUACUAAGAGCGGUACAUGCUCUUCUGCCAGUGGAAUCCAGGGUGAUUUUAAUUUGAGCAAUUUCCAGGAUGGUGUCAUAUCAUCUGCUUUCAUGGUUGGGCUUCUUUUGGCAUCUCCAAUAUUUGCUUCCUUAGCCAAGAGUGUUAAUCCAUUUAGACUUAUUGGAGUUGGACUGACAGUCUGGACCUUUGCUACUGCUGGUUGUGGCCUGUCAAUUGAUUUCUGGUCCAUUACCAUCUGCAGAAUGCUGGUGGGUGUUGGCGAGGCAUCUUUUAUAAGCCUUGCUGCUCCAUUCAUUGAUGACAAUGCCCCAGUUGAUCAGAAAACAGCAUGGCUGGGAAUAUUUUACAUGUGUAUACCAACUGGGAUUGCUGUUGGUUAUGUAUAUGGCGGAUUGGUUGGAAGUCUUCUUAAUUGGCGUUGGGCGUUCUGGAUAGAGGCAUUGCUGAUGCUUCCUUUUGCAAUUUUGGGUUUUGUGAUGAAACCGUUGCAAUUGAAAGGGUUUUCGCACACCGGAUCAAAAAGACCAUUGACUUCUGUGCAGACUUCUUGCCCAGAAGCAGUUGCUUCACCUAGUCAAGAUGGUUCAUUCCAAACAAGGAAUGUUUCCAAGGAUGAUUCAAAAGGUGCACCCAGAAUUUUGAAUCAGUUGACAAGAUUUUGGAAGGAUAUGAAGGUGCUUUUGCUUGAAAAGGUCUACGUCGUGAAUGUUCUAGGAUACAUAGCAUAUAAUUUUGUCAUUGGUGCAUACUCGUAUUGGGGACCAAAGGCUGGUUACUACAUAUACCACAUGAACAAUGCAGAUCUGAUGUUUGGAGGUAUUACUAUCGUAUGUGGAAUAGUUGGAACCUUAGCAGGAGGUUUUGUUCUGGAUCUAAUGACUUCCACGAUAUCCAAUGCCUUUAAGCUUCUUUCAGUGGCAACAUUUUUUGGAGCAAUAUUUUGCUUUGCGGCCUUUUGUUUUAAGAGCUUGUAUGCCUUCAUCGCUCUUUUUGCAAUAGGAGAAUUGCUUGUAUUUGCAACACAGGGCCCAGUAAAUUAUGUCUGUCUGCAUUCCGUCAAACCAAGUUUGAGACCGUUGUCUAUGGCUAUGUCCACUGUUUCAAUUCACAUAUUCGGUGAUGUGCCUUCCUCUCCUCUUGUGGGGGUUCUCCAGGAUCACAUUAAUAACUGGAGAGUUACUGCUUUAAUCCUGACAUCGAUUUUGUUUCUGGCCUCUGGAAUAUGGGUUGUAGGUAUCUUUCUUCAUAGUGUUGAUAGAUUUAAUGAAGAAAAUGAGCAUCAAGUUAAUGUUGCUGACAGUUCAAACACAAUUCCACUACUUGAGGAGAAAUCUACAACUUAAAGUCUUUGCUAAAUCUUGGUUUGUCGUUUUUAGUUGUUCCUCUUUUAUCAUUUCCUUUUGGGACUUGCAAAUUUGCUAUGUAAUUUCUUUGAUACUUAGCUUGUGUUUACAUUCUUUUCGAAUUGCUAAAGGAAAAAAUACUUAUACUUGAUGCAUCAAGGGAGGCUUGUUGCCUCUCCAGUGCAGUAAACCUGGUGGUCAAGGGGCCACAGUUUGAAGUUCGAACAGUAAUAUUCACAAGUUCC